CUUUUCCUUUUUGGUCCUUGCAAAGCGCCGCUCUGCCGAAGCACCUCAUGCUCUGUGCAGCGCGGCCGCCCAGGAGGCAGGAUGGUGGCGGCUCCGCGGGAUCCGUGCGGCGGCGCUAGCCAGGUGCGGUGCCCGGGUGCCCGCCGUGCCUCCUUCUUUCUCCUGCUGCCGCUCCUCCUCCUGUUGCUGCUCCCGGAGGCCGGGCGCGGGUUGCGAGUGCAGCACAAGUUCGUCUCGCCCACCCUCACCAACAACUUCGCUCUGGAUGGGUCCGGGGACAAGAUCUACCUGGCGGCCGUCAACCGGCUCUACCAGCUCUCGGGCCCCAACCUGACCCUGGAGGUGGAAGAGCAGGUGGGCCCGAAGGAGGACAACCCCUUGUGCCACGCUCCGCAGCUGCCCCAGGCCACCUGCGAGCACGCCAAGAAGCCGACCGACAACUACAACAAGCUGCUGCAGCCGGACCCGGAGCAAGGCAUCCUGGUGGUCUGCGGCUCGGUCUACCAAGGCUUCUGUCAGCUGCGCAGCAUGGACAACAUCUCGGUGGUGGCCGUCGCCUUCCCGCCGGGGAGCGGGGCCGGGGCCGGGGCCGAGGGGGGCGACCAGGUCACGGUCUUCCCCAGCAUGCUGAACGUGGCGGCCAACCACGCCAACGCCUCCACCGUGGGCUUGGUGCUCAGGCAAGGCGGGCAGGACACGAGGCUGCUGGUGGCGGCCACUUACACGGGCUUGGGCAGCCCUUUCUUCCCGCGCAACGCCAGCCUGGAGGACCACCGCUUCGAGAACACGCCCGAGAUCGCCAUCCGCGCUCUCAACACCCGCGGGGACCUGGCCCGCCUCUUCACCUUCGACAUCAACCCCUCCGACGACAAUAUCUUCAAGAUCAAGCAGGGCGCCAAGGAGCGCCACAAGCUCAGCUUCGUCAGCGCCUUCCUCCACCGGGGAGCCCACCCGCCCUCGGCGCUGUGCGUCUUCCGCUUCGCGGAGAUCGAAGAGGCCAUCCGGGUGGCCAGGAACUCGUGCUUCGUGGCGCCCGACGCCCGCCUGGUGACCGUGCUCGACAGCGUGGUGCAAGGCACCGGGCCGGCCUGCGAGAAGAGGAAGAUCCAGUUGCAGCCAGAACAGUUGGACUGUGGUGCAGCACAUCUCCAGCAUCCUCUGUCUAUCCUGCAACCUAUCAAGGCAAGGCCAGUAUUUACCUCGCCAGGCCUCACAUCUGUGGCCGUCUCCAGUAUCAAUAAUUACACCGUUGUAUUUCUGGGAACAGCCAAUGGAAGAUUGCUGAAGAUUAACCUGAACAGUUCUAUGGAGGUGAUAAGCAGAGAGUCAGUUACUGUGGCUUACAGUGAACCUGUCCACCCCAUCAUGCAAUUUGAUCCUUCUGACUCCAGCUACCUGUAUCUCAUGACUUCCCAUCAGAUAGCCCGUGUGAAAGUAGCGGCAUGUGAUCAAUAUGCUACAUGUACAGAGUGCUUGGCUGCAGCUGAUGCUUACUGUGGAUGGUGCUCCUUAGAGACCAGGUGCUCUCUGCAGCAUGAAUGUGCCAAUUCUGAUGAGCCUUAUUACUGGAUAAGCGCAAAUGAAGGAGUGCAGCAGUGCCCUUCAAUGACCAUCAUAACCUCAGAAAUAAACAUUGACAGAGAGAAUGAGGGCAUGAUCAUCCAAAUAAAUGGGAAUAUUCCAAGUCUGAAUGGAAUGGAGAUGUCUUGUGAUUAUGGAAAUAAUAUCCAGACGGUAGCUAAAGUUGCUGCACAAUCUUGGAACCAAUUUGUUUACUGCAAUUUUCUUCCCAGAGAAAAAUAUCCACCCUUCCCAUCCAAUCAAGACCAUGUGAUUGUUCAAACUGCUGUUCGGGUCAACGGCAAAAAUAUUGUGUGGGCCAAUUUCACUAUCUAUGAUUGCAAGAGAACUGGAAACAUUUAUCCAAAGACGGCAUGUAUCAACUGCCUCUCAGCUAAAUGGAAGUGUUACUGGUGUACUAAAAAAUACAGCUGUGUCUCCAAUGCGAGUGAAUGUGAGGAUUCCAUACUGAUGAAUAACAGUACUGAUUGUCCACAGAUUGUGCCUGCCUCUGUUGCACCUGUAUCAACAGGGGUUUCCCAGGACAUUACCAUCAUGUUGAGGAAUGCCGCUUUUAUAAAGGAUAUGCCUUUGGAAUGUCACUUUGAAACUGACAGGAUAUUUGAGGCUCGAUGGGAGAACACAUCUACUAUUCAAUGUAGCAAUGUACUGCUUUAUACUUCAAACAAAAGACACCUCUUUCCAGUAAACCUUCAACUGAAGGAAAAACCUGGUAGAUUUAUUGACAGUCCCCAGAUGAUGACAGUGGAGAUUUACAAUUGUGCAACUGGAAGUGCUGACUGUUCUCAGUGCCUUGGGAGAGAAGAUCUGGGUCAUCAGUGCACUUGGAGUGAGAGUAGUUCUAGUUGCAGACUAAACACGGAGUCUGUUCAGAGCCCAGGAAUGUGCCCUCCUCCUGAGAUUAGGAAGAUUGAACCCCUGAGUGGACCCCUGGAAGGAGGAACUCUGGUUACCAUACGAGGAAGAAAUCUAGGUCGUAGAUUCAGUGAUGUGGUUAAUGCUGUCAGAAUUGGCAAUGUGAAAUGCUCUCCACUCCAGGACAGAUAUAUAGUCUCUGAGGAAAUUGUAUGCUGGGCUGGAGAAGCUUUAACAGAAUUUACUGAUGUGGUGACAGUUAAUCUGAGCAAGGAAGGGAAAUCCAGGGAGCGAUACUCUUAUGUACUUCCAGUCGUGAAGUUUAUGUCUCCAUCUACUGGCCCUAAAGCAGGUGGUACCAAAGUAACAAUCACAGGGCACAAUCUCAGUGUGGGGUCUGAACUCCGAGUUUUGGUUAAUGGCACAAAGGAAUGCACAGACAUCAGUCGCACUGAUACGACAAUCACUUGCACCAUGCCAAGUGUAGAAGCUACCACCACUGCAAGCAUCUGUGUUCAGUUUGAAAAUAAGUCAUGCAUUGGUGAAAACAACAACUUCAACUAUGAGAAAAAUCCUAGUAUAAUGGAUAUCAACCCAAAAAAGAGCCAAAUCAGUGGAGGCCGAAUCAUUACUGUGGAAGGAAACGGCUUUUUGAUGGCUCAGAAUGUAUCUAUGGUAGUUCACACUAUUGGGAAAGAACAAACGAACUGUAAGGUUCACUCCGACACUAUGAUUACCUGCCCCUCUCCAGCUGCCUCCAACCUCACUGGGAGCAAGCCAACAUCUGUGGAUUUUUACAUCAAUGGACGGCUGUAUACUGAUGACAGCCUUUUUCUCUUCGAACACCCUGAGGAGGCCAUACAUAUUAGCAAGUUCCUCUUGGAAUACUAUCCCGAUCCCCAGUUCUUCACAGCGAAAAAGGAAAAAUGGAUCAAACAUCAUCCUGGAGAGCCCUUGACACUAGUCAUACAUAAAGAGCCUGACAACCUUGGACUGGAAAGCAAUGAAUAUGAAGUUAAAAUUGGCCUUAUUUCCUGUGAAAUUCAAAUAGUUUCAGACAAAGUUAUUCACUGUUCAGUCAAUGAAUCUUUGAGCACCUCGGAAAGACAACUCCCUGUUACGAUCCAAGUUGGGAAAUUCAAUCAAACAAUUGCUAUGUUGCACCUUGGAGGAAGCGAGACGGCUAUCACUGUUUCCAUUGUCAUCUGUAGUAUCUUACUUCUGCUCUCAGUCGUAGCCCUUUUUGUGUUUUGCACCAAGAGCCGCAGAGCAGAGCGUUACUGGCAGAAAACUCUGUUGCAGAUGGAAGAGAUGGAAUCCCAGAUUCGGGAAGAAAUACGCAAAGGUUUUGCUGAACUUCAGACAGAUAUGACAGACCUGACGAAGGAGUUGAAUCGCAGCCAAGGGAUUCCAUUCCUGGAAUAUAAGUACUUUGUGACUCGGACUUUCUUUCCCAAAUGUUCUUCACUCUAUGAGGAGCGUUACAUUCUGCCUUCCCAGCAGCUCAAUUCCCAGAUGGGGUCACAGGUCCAAGAAACUCACCCAUUGUUGUUGGGGGAAUGGAAGAUUCCUGAAAACUGUAGACCCAAUAUGGAAGAAGGAAUUGCCUUGUUCUCCACCUUACUCAACAACAAGCACUUUCUCAUCGUCUUUGUCCAUGCUCUUGAGCAGCAGAAAGAUUUUGCUGUUAGAGACAGAUGCAACCUAGCCUCUCUGCUUACCAUUGCACUGCAUGGAAAACUAGAGUACUACACCAGCAUUAUGAAGGACCUCUUGGUGGAUCUCAUUGAUGCUUCUGCUUCUAAAAACCCUAAGCUUAUGCUGAGGAGGACAGAAUCUGUGGUUGAGAAGAUGCUGACCAACUGGAUGUCCAUCUGCAUGUACAGCUUUCUCAGAGAAACAGUAGGGGAGCCUUUUUUCCUGCUGCUGUGUGCCAUCAAGCAACAAAUCAAUAAAGGAUCCAUAGAUGCCAUCACUGGAAAAGCCAGGUAUACACUCAAUGAAGAAUGGCUGUUGAGAGAGAACAUUGAAGCAAAGCCAAGGAAUCUGAAUGUGUCUUUCCAAGGAUGUGGAAUGGACUCCCUGACUGUUCGUGUUAUGGACACGGACACUCUCAGCCAAGUUAAAGAGAAAAUACUUGAAGCCUUUUGUAAGAAUAUUCCUUAUUCCCAGUGGCCGAGGGUAGAAGAUGUUGAUCUAGAAUGGUUUGCCACAAGCACUGAAAGUUACAUCCUUCGGGACCUUGAUGACACUUCAGUGAUGGAAGAUGGCAGGAAGAAACUGAACACAUUAGCACAUUAUAAGAUCCCUGAUGGUGCAUCCCUAGCUAUGAGUUUAACAGAUAAGAAAGAUACCACGCUAAGCAGAGUGAAAGAUUUGGAUACUGAAAAGUACUUUCAUUUGGUCCUUCCCACAGAUGAGCUGAAUGAAAACAAAAAGUCUCAUCGACAGAGUCAUAGGAAAAAAGUCCUUCCCGAAAUCUACCUGACCAGAUUGCUCUCCACAAAGGGCACACUACAAAAGUUCCUGGAUGAUUUAUUCAAGGCCGUUUUGAGCAUCCGAGACGAGAAGCCACCAGUGGCUAUCAAGUAUUUCUUUGAUUUCUUGGAAGAGCAAGCAGAGAAACGGGGUAUUUCUGACCCAGACACAUUGCACAUUUGGAAAACCAACAGCCUACCUCUGAGGUUUUGGGUCAACAUUUUGAAGAAUCCUCAGUUUGUAUUUGACAUUGACAAAACUGACCAUAUAGAUGCCUGUCUUUCUGUCAUAGCCCAGGCCUUCAUUGAUGCCUGUUCCAUCUCUGAUCUGCAAUUGGGCAAGGACUCACCUACUAAUAAACUAUUAUAUGCCAAGGAAAUUCCUGAGUACAGAAAAAUAGUGCAGAAGUAUUACAAACAGAUCCAUGACAUGCCACCUCUCAGUGAACAGGAAAUGAAUGCACACCUAGCAGAGGAAUCCAGGAAAUAUCGCAAUGAGUUUAACACCAAUGUUGCCAUGACUGAAAUUUACAAAUACGCCAAGAGAUAUCGCAGUCAGAUCGUGAAUGCGUUGGACACGAAUCCCACAACAAAGCGCACACAGCUGCAGCACAAAUUUGAACAAGUGAUUGCACUUAUGGAAGACAAUAUUUACGAAUGCUGCAGUGAAGCGUAGGUGGCAACCUGGACUUUCUUCCAUGUCUAGAAGUGACCUUCUCUACAGUGCACUGUCUUUUAGGGAACACCCUUUCAAAGUAUCUGUGUAUCAGUAUGUAGCCUGUUGUAUAUAUAUGGUGACUAACAAACCAGCUUGAUGGUUCAGUCGUGUCAAUCUUCUUAGACCAUCUGGUGAAGUGAGGGUUGUCCGCUAAACAGCUUGAAAUCCCUGAUGUGAUCUGCACUUCAUGGCAUCUGUAAUUUAUUUGAUCUUUGAGACAGAGGCACAGUUUUUGGGCCGCCAAAUGUAGUAGCUUCUUCUGAAGAGCUCCUACUCCUAUUCAAAGCAGUUGUCUUUCCCUUUAUUUUCCCAGAGAGACUCCUGUAAAGCAGAGAUCAGGAUAUGGAAACAAUGCUGAGGUGUUUAAGAGAAAAGCAGAAACACUUCGGGGAGGAAUGAAUGAAUAUUUCAAAAGGCUCUCGGAGCAACUCCCCCUAAGAGUACCCCUUUCCUUCUGUGUACUUUAAAUAUCAGGGAACCCAUUUAAUGUACACAGUCUGCUGCAUUAGAUGUAUUUUGUGCCUUUUAUUUUUGUACUGUACAUGUAAACAUAAGUACACCUUCAUCCAAGAUUGGAAAGAGGUGGGGAACCCACAGAGUAGUAGACAAUGCAGUUCCUUCCUAAGUAGUCAUGACAUGUGAAAGCACUUUACCCCCACAACGGAAAUGGCUAUUACCUUGCUGGAGGGAUUGUUAUUGUGUAGCAGACAAUGUCGGAAAAGAACAAAUCAGUGCAGCUGUUCCCACUUCUCAAAACUUCCCAGAUGUUUGCGCAGACUAAGCUCCAGCCGACAGAUUCCCCUCUAAACACCCAUCUGGCUCAAGAAUACUUUUCCCUGAAAGGAAAAGAAUAUACACAUUGCAAGGGUCAAAGGGAUGGACUUCCUUCCCUUUCUUCUGCCCCCCUCCCCGCCCCGCUCCCCCACUUCAGAGGGAAUGUAUAGACCUGAGCUUUUGGCUUAGCAUAAAUCUACUGUUGGCUUAACACAAGACCACUGGAAGUUUCCCAAAAGUAGAAAAAAAUGGACUACUCUUGCUUCAACUUCUACCAUGCGGUAACACUUUUGCACAGUAUCCUAGAUUUCUCUAAAUCAUUUUGACCUAAAUAUGACUCCCCUUAACUUUUCCCUGUAUGCCUUUACACUGAUUACAAUAGGAAGUGCUAUUCUCUCUCCGCUGUGAGAAAGAACUGCAGCCAUCUUAGUCCUCUCUCCGAGAACCCCCUUUAGUAUUUUAGGUAGCAGCCUGAUGGCAAUGGCUGUUGCACAGAAGAACCUGAUCCUGGACGAUGAAGUCACCUGAUGCCACUGAGAAUGCCAAGGCUUGUAAACUGACAAAUAAUGCUUUAAAAUACUACACUACCUCACCAAAGGCAAGUUCUAAAGGGGAGUCUGCUGGAGUUUUGGAGGCUAAAAUCUGAUCACUUGGGUAGACAGUAAACUUUUUUUCCAAUCAAAAUUUUGUUAUAGUUAGCAAUGCUUUGUCAAAUAUAUCUUUCAAAAAUGCAUAGUGUAGUAAAUUAUAUGGGGAACUGAUAUGUCAUGGUUAAUUUUAUAUAUCAAUAUAAUGAAAAAUACAAAUUUUAUCCUGUGCAAAAAAUAGAAGAGGAAUAUAAAACAUGAAGAAAGGAACUACAAAGGAUUACACCCACUGAGGAAAUCUUGUUUGCUUAGUAAGUGGCUGCAGAAGAGAAACUUUUAGGAAUGUAGCUGGGCUACAUUUAACUUUCAGAGAUUUUUUUUCUUCAAAAAAUCUUAUUAUUUUUUAAACUGUGAAGAGCUGCCAGUUACACACCUACUCACAGAGGGCCAACUCAGGAAUGUGUAAGAAAGACUCUUGGGCCAUCAGCUGGGAGAAAGGGGGAGUUGAAGGAAAACAAAGAUAAGAGUUCAGAUUUUGCUAGCCCAAAAUAGGCGGAUGGCUGUAAUUUGGGAGAUCAUCAGCCCAGUUUCAGUGUGGAAAAGUCAUUGUCUUGAUAGUCCCUUCAGCAGAAGGGACUGAUCUUUCUAUUCUGAGUAUGUGUGUAUAUGUGUGUUCCAAGUGAUGUGCUUGGCGCACAGGUCUUAUGGCAUAUGCUUUAUUAUUUAAUUCUUCGUCCAAAUAUUUGCUACAACCAUUGAAAAGAAAUAAGUUCUCUACGAAGCAGAAGCUGAGGGUUGGUGCUAUUGCCCCGAAACCCAACUCCACUGUAAUAUAUUUUUAACCUUGUCCAGUUAUUUGUGGGUGAAUUUGUUUGUUUUUCUUACCUGCUGUUUAAUGGAAGUGGUGGAAUCUUUUGGAGGAAAUAUCUUUGUAAUAAAACAAGGUGAUCAAA